AUGCAGAGUUGUGGAAAGGAAAUUGGGGAUGGUGAGGGGGAUGGAGAGGGAUAUGGGAAGGCAUACCUACUUAUGGAGAGGGAUGGGGAUGGGGAUGCCGGCGCGGCGAGUGGAUCCAGGGCCAGGACUUUUUUUUGCUCAGCAAUUGCUGUCAGAAGGCAACGAUAUCCGUGCCUGGUCCUUAACCAGCGGAGAAGCGCGUCUACGAAUCUACAAUCUCCUAUACCCUCACCAACGCGAGCACUCAUACAAAAUGGCUCGACGCGUCAAAGCACGACUUCGACGCCCUCGAGGCCAUUCAUAGCCUCUCUAAACGGGUCAAUUGGACUUAAGACGCGAUCUUUCUCAGCCACGUUACGCAACCGCAACUCAACAGACGUCCAUAAGAAAGCCGUCGAGGCGAUUUCCAGCACAGUGCGCCAAUACUUUGCAAAAGGGGAGAAAUUCCGAAUAUAUCAUGGUUCCACGAAUAGCACAAGGCAGUCAACACUGAAACGGAAUCUGGUGGAUACAAGCAGCUUGUCAAAUGUCUUGAAAGUAGACGUCGAGGCAAAGACAUGUCUCGUGGAGCCGAACGUUCCAAUGGACCGGCUAGUUGAAGCGACGUUAAAACAUGGCCUUGUACCACCAGUCGUUAUGGAAUUCCCGGGGAUAACCGUGGGAGGGGGGUAUUCAGGGACAUCAGGGGAAAGCAGUUCUUUUAAGCAUGGGUUUUUCGACCGAACGAUCAACAAUGUGGAAAUGGUACUUGCGAACGGUGAGGUGGUGACAACCUCGCCUACGGAGAAACCAGAUCUAUUUCACGGCGCAGCGGGAGCUGUAGGAACAUUCGGGGUUACGACGCUGGUUGAGCUACGGCUUCAAAAAGCUGCAAAAUAUGUCGAGACAACAUAUCAUCCAGUGUACUCCAUGUCUGAGGCGAUACAAAAGUUGCAAGAAUUUACUGCAAAUUCAGAGCUUGAUUACGUUGAUGGCAUUAUGUUUUCCAAAACAAAUGGUGCGAUAGUCACAGGUCGGCUGACGGAUGAGAAGAAAGACGGGCUCUCUGUUCAGCGGUUCGGCGCAGCCCACGACCCCUGGUUUUACAUGCAUGUUCAAGAUGCAAUCAAAAAGAAUUGUACUGGGCCGACUACGGAAGCAGUACCCUUAGCUGAGUAUCUCUUUCGCUAUGAUAGGGGUGGCUUCUGGGUUGGAAAUUCCGCAUUCGAGUAUCUCAGGUUCCCCUUCAACCGCUUCACCCGCUGGUUCCUGGACGACUUUCUACACACAAGAAUGCUCUACUCAGCUCUUCAUGCUAGUGGAGAGUCAAAGAAAUAUGUGGUUCAAGAUCUAGCUCUCCCAUAUUCUACUGCGGAGCAAUUCGUUGAAUAUACAGAUGAAACCUUUGGCAUUUAUCCCUUGUGGCUUUGUCCCCUGAAGCAAAGUCCGUACCCCACCAUGCACCCACAUUACAACAAGACAGAAGCCGAUGGCAAGACACUACAGCCUAUGCUUAAUAUCGGACUCUGGGGCUUCGGGCCAAGUAAUCAUGAAGAGUUUGUAAGAAAGAAUCGAGAUCUGGAGCGGAAGCUGAAGGAGCUUGGCGGGAUGAAGUGGCUUUAUGCACAUACAUACUACACUGAAGAAGAAUUCUGGGAGCAAUUCGACCGGCCCUGGUAUGAGAAGCUGCGAGUUAAGUACAACGCAACGUCCUUGCCGAGUGUGUACGAGAAAGUCAAGGUAGACGUUGAGGCCGAGAAGAAAGCCGAGAAGGAAAAUGGAUGGUUCUACCACACGAAAUGGCCGUUCAAUGGCUUCUAUGGCAUCAAGAAGGCCAUCGAAAGUCGCACCUACCUUGCUGCUAGGAAAUCUGUCUGGAAAUCUUUUGGAAAAGAGGCGAAUUGA